AUGAAUCAUCCCUCCACGGCGAUGGGACUUUCCAAAAUCAUCCAGCUAGACAGCCAUGAGAUCAAAGCAUCAGAGGUUGAGCACUUAGAUCCACGUCGAACAGUGUACCGCUUUCACCUCGAACCAGACCCAUCAUGCUAUCGACAUAUAAUCCCAGAACCAGCCACAUCUAUCAUAAUCAAGCAACGAAAAGAGGACUGGGAAGAAGAGUUCGAGGACGAAAAAACAGCCUACACCAAACUAAAAGACCUCCAAGGGCAAGUUAUCCCAUACUUCUACGGUCAGGGGUACUACAAUGGCCUACCUGCACUUUUAUUAUCAGAUAUACCGGGGAUUACUUUAGAUGAUCUGGCUCGCAGCAAUGAAGAAGUCCCUGAGAAGCUGAUUAAGUCUUAUCUGGAAGAUGUCUUUGAUAAGCUUUCGAAGUAUAAGGCUUUCUAUUGUGAUCAGAAAUUGGAUAACUUUAUACUAUGUGGUGAUUGGGAACAUGGUUGUGACAAAGUGAUGGCUGUUGAUCUCGAGCAGGUUGAGAUUCCGGAUCAAGUUCGUCCGUGGCAUUGGUCUGUCAAUCAGGAGGGGGCAAGGUCUCUGAUGGAGGAGUUUAGGUAUAGACGGAAUCCGAGGAGUGAGUCAACUCCACUUAAGAUAUGGAAGAUUGGACAGGAUAAGGGUGCUUCAUAG